AGAUUUGAAACCAAUAAAUCAACAAAAGGAGCAUCAAAAUUGCGAAGAGACUUAAUUAACUCUGAAAUAGCAAAUUUGAGGGACUUGCUUCCAUUACCACAAUCAACACGCCAAAGACUUUCGCAACUACAACUUAUGGCUCUCGUCUGUGUCUAUGUAAGGAAAGCCAAUUACUUUCAACAAGUUUUCAAACGCUAUGAUAAUGGAUUACAAAAUAUCACUCCAAAUAUUGGAUUUUCGAAAGCACUUUCUGGCUUUCUCAUGAUGUUAACUCAAAAUGGCAAGCUUUUAUACAUCUCAGACAAUGCUGCCGAAUAUUUGGGACACUCAAUGGAAGAUCUUCUCAUACAUGGCGAUUCAGUUUAUGAUAUCAUUGACAAGCAGGAUUAUAAUGCCAUACAAUCAGAAUUAAAUCGUUCAGGAUCUCAUAUUCAUCAAUCAACCUCUCUGCACAAUUUACAUCAUCAUCAUCAUCACCAUUCGGCUAAUAUGGAUGGUGAGAAGCGCAUUUUUCUUUGUAGGAUGAAUGUUAGCAGCAGGAAUGCACGUCGUCAAAUGCGUUUUGGUGAUCAAAAAGUAGUGCUGAUACAAGGACAUUAUCUCUCAUUCUUACCUCUAUGUAGUCGAAAUGAACCCGUUUUCUUAGCAACAUGCACACCCAUUGCUAUGCCCGAGACGAGAGAAUGUGUUGUUCAGGGAGCUACUAAUGUUUUCACAACAAUUCAUUCAAUGGACAUGAAAUUUAUUCAUAUAGAUAAAAACGGCGAAUUCCACCUAGGAUACACAAAAGAGGAAUUGAAUGGCAGCUCGUGGUAUCAGUUAAUUCAUUGGGAAUAUAUUAAAGAGGCUCAAAUGAAACACAGGCUAAUUACACAAUCGGAGCAAGAUAGGUCAUGUAUAGUCUUAACAAGAUUACAAAAUAAGACUGGUGACUUUAUUUGGAUACAUUUAGUAUUACAAGUUCGUGAUAGUCAGGACUCUAAUCAACAUUCAGUCAUAGUUUGUACGAAUCAAGUGUUGAGUGACAAAGAAGCGUCGGUAAUGCUCUCAAAUUCUUGGCUCUACCAUUAUUAUUCAGUGCAAUCAAAAAUACAAAUGGGUUUAACGUAUGAGGGUACUAGAUUACCUCAAAUUACCAGCACCAAUUAUUACCCUUAUCAACCAAUAAACCCACAGCAUUAUCCAAUGCAUCAAAUUCAUCAAACGACAGCGUAUGAUGCGCAAGGUCAUCCCACGCACAUGCAACAUGGGAAUCCAUAUGAACAUUAUUCACCACCUGUGAGCAAUAUUAAUCAUCAUAAUGACAUAAAUCACAAUAGUCCGACAUUGAAAGAAACAACUGCAACAAGUGCGGCUUUAGUACCUGUCGAUUACAGUCAACAGCACAGCAUGGAAAAAUUGUCACCGGUGAGUUCUGUAGUUGUUGCAACUGCCCACGAGAAUGGUAAUCGAGAGAAUAAAAUUGAGGAUUAUAGCGAGCCGAGUCGUAAGAAGCAAGCGGAUGACAAAAGCAAUAAAUUACAAAAUCACGAUAAAAAGCUCAGUAAAGUUGAUUAUAAGAGUGUGAGAAUAUCAAAUAAAAAGUACACAUUUAAACGAAUAGAAUCACUACAAAUAUCUGACAGUACGACAAUUGAAACCGAGGAAAUUCAAGUGCCACGCGUUGCUCACACAUAUGACAAUCACAUUAAUAGUAAUAAUAAUAACAAUAAUAGUAAUGACAACAAUCAUCAUAUAGUCAUGGAAGUCGAGCAUCGAGAUGGUCAAAUGCUUUAUUUAAACAGUUCCAUUCAUACAGCACGAUCACGAAUAUCAAAAAGCUUUUCAUCGUGUCUCCCACUCCUACCGCCGCAUGUCGAAUCAUCGAUAGCGCCAGGCGCUGAAAUUGAGCAGUGGAAUCCAUCACCAACGUGGUCAUCGCAUGAGAAUACAAUACAAAAAGUUCCUGAUAUUGUUCAUCAACAAUUAAGUCCUUAUCUUAUAACAACACCACCAACGCCAAUGAGUGCAUCCUACAUUCCACACACAUCAUCAUUCACGUUUGAUUGGACACCAGAACAUUAUGUGCCAACUGUAGGGACUAUGCAUGAAGAGCGAAACAUAAUGGAAUUAGCGCCAGCACGCUGUUAUUACAAUCGACCACAACUUAUGAAUAUUGAUGACAAUAAUCAUCAUCAUCAUCAUCAUCACCAUAAAGACGAAACGAUUGUGAGGAAUUCCUGA